AUGGAUCGCCUCAACCGUAUGCUCGCUGCAGCUCAAAGCAUGCCCGGCAUGAAUCAAGGCGCAGCUGGCCAGGACACGCCGAAUCUUAUCGACAACUCCGAAACCGUCUACAUCUCAUCUCUCGCCUUACUCAAGAUGCUCCGACACGGCCGAGCAGGGGUGCCGAUGGAAGUGAUGGGCUUGAUGCUGGGCGAGUUCGUUGAUGACUUCACAGUUCGAGUGGUGGACGUUUUCGCCAUGCCACAAUCUGGAACAGGAGUUAGUGUUGAAGCUGUGGAUCCAGUUUUCCAGACCAAGAUGAUGGACAUGUUACGGCAGACAGGACGGCCUGAAACAGUAGUAGGCUGGUACCAUUCACAUCCAGGAUUUGGCUGCUGGCUCUCGUCGGUCGAUAUCAACACCCAACAAUCCUUUGAACAGCUCACACCCCGCGCCGUCGCUGUAGUGGUUGAUCCCAUCCAGUCCGUCAAAGGGAAGGUCGUGAUAGAUGCUUUCCGCCUCAUCGCCCCUCAAACCCUUAUGAUGGGCCAGGAACCUCGACAAACAACCUCCAACCUGGGCCAUCUCAAUAAACCCAGCAUUCAAGCCUUGAUACAUGGACUGAAUCGACAUUACUACAGUAUCGGCAUCCAGUAUCGAAAAACGGGCCUCGAGGAGAAUAUGCUCAUGAAUCUACACAAAGAAGUCUGGACAGAAGGCCUGGAGCUGCCAGGCAGUUUUGAAGGAGAGAGAAAACGGAACGAGGAGGGCUUAAGGCAGUUAGUCCACCUGGCAGAAGGUUACGAGAAGAGGGUGCGCGAGGAAGGAGAGCUCACUAAGGAUCAAUUGAAGACGAGAUACGUUGGUAAAGUUGAUCCCAAGAAACACAUUGAAGAUGUGGGCCAACAGCUGAUCGAAGACAACAUCGUUGCUGUAUCACGACAGAUGAUAGACAAAGAAGCCAGCAACGCAAAGAAGGCACAGCAAACGAAUGGCCACCAAGAGAAUGGUGGCAUGGAGGUUGACGAAGAGUUAUAG